UCGGGGGCCCUGGCAGAGGGGAGAGGGGCCCAGGAAUACCACUCCCUCAUCCAGGUGCCCAACGGCGGCCCCUGGGGUGCUUGGGCCUGGCAGGACAUGUGCCCCGAAGGGACCUACGCAACGGGCUUCAGCCUCAAGGUGGAAGCCUAUCAGGGCCUUGCCAACGAUGACACCGGGCUGAAUGGGAUCCGGCUGCACUGCACCCGGGGGGGCCGCGGGGACAAGCACGAAGUCCACACCGUGGAAUCCCAGAGUGGCAUGUGGGGGAAGUGGUCGGAGCCCGUCUGGUGCCCCUCCGGCGGGUAUCUGCAGAGAUUCUGCUUGCGAGUGGAGAAGAUGCGAGGUGGAAUACAGGACAACAUGGGAGCCACCAACAUCCGCUUUGCUUGCUCGGGUGGGCAGAACCUGGAGGGCCCGGGCUUGUCCUGGGGGGAGUAUGGAGCAUGGAGCCCCCUCUGCCCGAAGGGGUUGUGUGGAAUCCAGACCAAGAUGGAGAUGCCACGCGGGGCCCUGAGGGAUGACACAGCUCUCAAUGAUGUCCGCCUCUUUUGCUGCAACCACUGAG